CGGCGCAUGUGCGCGCGGAGGUAAAAGGUCGGCAAGAUGGCGGCGGCCUCUUCGGGCGAUGAAGCACCGGACAAUGAGGACUAUUAUUCGUUGCUGAACGUGCGGCGGGAGGCCUCUCAAGAGGAGUUGAAAGCUGCCUACCGCAGGCUGUGUAUGUUGUAUCAUCCCGACAAACACAGAGACCCAGAACUCAAGAGGCAGGCUGAACAGCUCUUCAACCUCCUUCACCAGGCUUAUGAAGUGCUCAGUGACCCACAGACCAGAGCCAUCUAUGACAUUUAUGGAAAGCGAGGCCUUGAAAUGGAAGGAUGGGAGGUGGUGGAGAGGAGGAGGACCCCGGCCGAAAUCCGGGAGGAAUUUGAACGGUUGCAGCGCGAGAGAGAAGAGAGGAGGCUUCAGCAGCGAACGAACCCCAAAGGAACCAUUAGCGUUGGAGUAGAUGCCACUGACCUCUUUGAUCGCUACGACGAGGAGUACGAAGAUGUGUCAGGGAGCCCUUUCCCUCAUAUCGAAAUUAACAGAAUGCACAUAUCGCAAUCGAUUGAGGCCCCGCUAACGGCCACGGACACCGCCAUCCUCUCGGGAAACCUCUCGACGCAGAACGGCAACGGCGGCGGCUCGGUCAGCUUGGGUCUCCGGCGGGUGACCUCCGCCAAAGGCUGGGGAGAGCUAGAAUUCGGCGCUGGAGACCUGCAGGGCCCUGUCUUUGGCCUGAAGAUGUUUCGAAAUCUCACCCAGCGAUGCUUCAUCACCACCAACUGCGCCCUGCAGUUCUCCUCGCGUGGGAUCCGUCCAGGCCUCACGACGGUCCUGGCCCGAAAUCUGGACAAGAACACCAUGGGGUAUCUGCAGUGGCGCUGGGGCAUGCAGUCAGCCAUGAACACCAGUGUGGUCCGGGACACCAAAACCAGCCACUUCACAAUGGCGUUCCAGCUGGGCAUCCCUCACUCCUUCGUCAUGGUCAGUUACCAGCACAAGUUUCAGGACGAAGAUCAGACGCGUCUGAAAGGAUCCCUCAAGGCUGGCUUUUUCGGAACCGUCGUGGAGUAUGGGGCCGAACGGAAGAUCUCAAAGCACAGUGUCCUCGGAGCCACGGUCAGCGUUGGUGUGCCCCAGGGCGUCUCUUUGAAGAUCAAGCUGAACAGAGCCAGCCAGACUUACUUCUUCCCCAUCCACUUGACCGACCAACUGCUGCCCAGUGCUGUCUUCUACGCCACGGCGGGGCCCCUCGUCUUCUACUUUGCCAUGGACCGGCUGAUCAUCCAACCCUAUCUCAGGGCCCAGAAGGAGAGAGAGUUGGAGAAGCAGCGAGAGAGCACCGCCAGCGACACCUUGCAGAAGAAACAGGAAGCAGAAGCCGCCGUGCGGUUGAUGCAAGAAUCCGUCCGGAGGAUCAUUGAGGCUGAAGAAGCUAAGAUGGGCCUGAUUAUUGUGAACGCCUGGUAUGGGAAGUUCGUCAACGACCAGAGCCGGCGGGAUGAGAAGGCCAAGGUCAUCGAUGUGGCAGUGCCCCUGCAGUGCCUGGUGAAGGACUCCAAGCUCAUCCUCACCGAAGCGUCCAAGGCUGGCCUGCCUGGGUUCUAUGACCCCUGUGUUGGGGAAGAGAAGAACUUGAAAGUGCUCUACCAGUUUCGUGGCGUCCUCCACCAAGUGAUGUCGGCGGACAACGAGGCCCUUCGGAUACCAAAGCAAUCUCACCGGAUCGAUAUGGACAGCUAAUGCAGUGGGGAAAAGUGGCGGGGGGCUACGUCCUGCCCCCCGGGUCAGCAGAAAUGGCGUCGUCCGUCUUCCUUUCUGGAUUUGAACCAGCUUCAUGCCUGUGGCGAAGCAGCCUGCUUUACAGUCUAGAGAAAAAGUGGCUUUGCACCAGUUACGUUGGGGGAUGAAAGGAGAAGAAACCACAGCCACCCGUUCUACAGGUGCAGCCUGGUGCUUUCUCCCUCCCCGCAGGAACCGUCGUCCAUCGGCCGGGAACGCCGUGGGGCAGGAAGGGCCAGAAUCAGCCUCUCUACUCCCCUUGCGAAUAAGGCAGAGCCAGGUUCUUCCUACUCAAUUGCCCAGCUGUUCUGGAAUCCAAACGCGCUCUGCUGUGUGCAUUUCUGUAGCCUCCGUAUGUUUCCGACUCUCCCACCUCUGGCAGCGAUGCCCACCCCUCUCACCUCUCUGGCAUCUCAAGCAGGGUAAGAAGAUGGAAGGGGAACGAGGGGAAGUUAGCCAUAAACUGCUUCGGGUCCCAGAGGCAGGCGGCGCACCCCAUUUCGGAGUAUCGCUGGCUGGAAAUGCUUUCUAAAGGGACCCCAGCUUCUUCAGAGUCAGCCUCUCAAGCAUGGAGAGGUCUUGGUGAACGGCAAGGAGGAUGAACUGGACGCCGACGCAGACCCUGUGGCUCCCGUGGCUACGAGCCUCCUCUCCUCCCUUCCUUUGCGGAUCGGCUGUGUUUGGGAAAACCUUCAGGAAAGACCCCCCACCCCAUCCCGGUCCCUGAAUUACAGCCACCCUCGACCUGAGAAAAACGAUCAUAGAUGCCUGAAGCUGGGAUCCUGCUGGCCGCGCCCUUCUUCUCGUCUAAAUCAGGUGCUGUCCCCACAUGGCGGUCAGCUCUGAAACAAGGGAUUUUCCCAGCUUGUCCCUUUCUUAGGCGACUGUCCAUCACGGGGGAAAGGUUCGUGUGUCGGUUCAUGCUCCACCCAGAGAAUUCCUUUCUCCUCGUGCUGCUCAUCUCAGUUUUUUUUCCAGUGGCUGGGAUAAGAGCACUGUUUGGUUCUGGCAAUCGUAAUGGUUCCUUUUGCAAAGCCGCGCGUCGCUGGUUUAUUCCUCUUUGCCACCACCCGGCACCCCGGCUCUUCAUGCAGGAGCAAGGCCGGCCAAGAGCGAGCCCCGGAUCCUGCUGCUGGAGAGCCCCGUCUCUGCUGACGGACAGCGCUCUUCUGACCCCCACCCCCCCACAAGUGAGUUCCUGAGGGCGGGGGCGCCUCUGGUUUCUCCUGUAACAUUUAAGGACAAUAAAACAACCCACUUUUGUGAA